AGCAUACAUCUAUUCGCCGAGCUGUAACCUGAGGGUCCACCCCCUGCUUUAGUGCUGCCCUGCAGAAAGCCUGUCCCUGCUCAUCGAUCACUUCUCAUGUCAGCUGCUGGAGGGGGUGAACUAGUGCUUUGAGACAGAUCUUCAUAUCCACACACCUUUAAUAAAAGAAGACUCGUGUUUGAGCUCACCAACUUUAACGCCAUGCCUCUCCGGGUAGUGAUGCAGGGCCCUGGACCCUGGGGGUUCAGGCUGGUCGGGGGAAAGGACUUCGAGCAGCCACUCACUAUUUCCAGGGUCAGCCCUGGGAGCAAAUCUGCCCAGGCCAACCUGUGUAUUGGAGACAUGAUCUUGGCUAUUGAUGGAGAACCAACAGAGAGCAUGACUCACUUGGAGGCACAGAACAAGAUCAAGGGCUGCAUAGAGGAGAUGGUGCUCUCAAUCGACAGGUCAGAAUCUAAAAUGUGGUCACCACUCUCGUCUGAGGAAGGGAAGACACAUCCGUACAAGAUGAACCUUGCAUCAGAGCCCAAGGAGGUGAAACACAUAGGCUCCACCCACAACAGGAGUGCUCUGCCGUUCGCUGGUUUUGGCUCCAAAGUUGUGACCAGCCAGUACAACAACCCGUCCGGUCUCUACUCCAACGAAAACAUCCAGAACUUUAACUCAGCUUUGGAUGAAGUUAAGACCAUGACUACAGCUGAUGAGCCCAACACCAAAGACCCAACAGAUCCAUCACAAACAGGCAAGCAUCCACAUGUCCCAGAAGACUCUGAGGUUUACAAGCUGCUGCAGGAGAACCAAGAGUCCGAUGAACCUCCUCGACAGUCCGCUUCCUUUAAAGUGCUGCAGGAGAUUCUUGAGACAGGUGACGGUGAUAAACCAUCAGGGUUUAGGAGUGUGAAAGCCCCUGCAACAAAGGUCGGAUCAUCUGUGGGGAACAUAGACAAGCUGCCCAGCUGUGACAAAUGUGGAUCUGGGAUUGUGGGGAUGGUGGUGAAGCUCAGAGACAAGUUCCGUCACCCGGAGUGCUACACCUGCACAGACUGCAACGUCAACCUGAAACAGAAGGGACAUUUCUUUGUGGAGGAGCAGAUUUAUUGUGAGAAGCACGCACGCGAAAGAGUGACUCCGCCCGAGGGCUACGACGUCGUCACCGUCUUCCCCAAGUAGAGCGACCACUGAGCUCGGCUUUGGACUGCAUGCCAAGAAAGGACACUGACGUCAUCCAAGACAACGCAAUAUUUGGCUCUUGCUACUCUUAUCAAUGUUCUUCUUUAGCAUGCUGUGUCAGAGCAGUCUCUUGUAAGUAGGACAGUCAUGAACCACAUUUUUUAAACGCUUGAUUUGCACAUUAUCUUUGGAAAGUAGGGGAGAAAAUCUGUGACUACUACGAGAUGAUGGCAUUCUUUUUUUCUACUUAAAAAGCAAUUUUCUAUUCGCAUUGGGGCUCCUGUGGUUGUGUUUGUACUCGCUCAGUUUGCUCUUUGAAUUAUGAAAGACAGAAACAGACUGAUGACAUUUUAACCCAGAAAAGUGUAUCCAUCAACAUGUUUUAUUAAAUUAAAAUAUUAUGAACAAAAAUGUAAAAAGAAAAACACUCAAGUACGGUUGCCAAAUAAUUUAAUUUAAAAAAAUAGAAUUACCUAAAUCCUUGUGUCACAAUGUUUUAAUGAUGCUGUCAUUUAUCUGCUGAAAUAAGUGCAACAUGGCAUCACAUCACAGGCAAUGAAAAUACGACGCAUUGAAUUAUAACUUUGGAAAGCAUUUUUAAACAGUACUGUUACAAAAAUAAUGAAAAGUGUUAUUUGACAUUUCAUCUUUGAUAAUGAAUUACAAAAUAAAUAUAGAGACUGAAACUGUAAGUGCACCAAUCUGCUCAUGUUUAACCCUUAGAGGGCAGCAGUGUUCAUGUGGCAGGUAUUUGUGUUAAGUCAAAAACCCUUCCCUUAAUAAAAAUAUAGAUAUGUUAAA